AUGCUGGAGCCUUGGGAUGAAGCCAUCGCCCUUCAGAAAGAGCGCCAAUCCUGUAUCGACGAUGUGCAAUCUAUUAAAACAUCAUGUGCCAAGGAUCACGGCAAGAGGCAUCCCUUCGAGUGCCCAGAUUGCUGGACCCGCCUCCUUAAUCGUAUAAGGGAUCGAUAUCUCAACUCUGCUUCUAAGGAGUGGUUUUCAGGCCGAAGGCCUUUUUUGCUCGAAUUGGAUACCAUGUUUUCCAAGGCUCACAAUUCCGAGGUCGAUCUCAAGACUAUCGAGCAGCGGAUAGUCGACGAAAAAAAAGAAUGGUACCGGGACAAGGUAAAAAAUAUUGGAUUUCAACACGCUACGAAGUCACCGCUGGAAGAUCGCAUUCUACAGCAGAAAAUCAACGAUCGGAGCAUAUCAGCAGAUCAACUUGCCUCAGAGCUGAGAGCCUCCUUCAGCGACGGUGCUGUCGAGAACCAGGAAGUACUCGACAAGUUUAUAGAGCAGCUGAAACAUGCCAGCUCACCACAGGCACGCGCCGAGGCCUAUGUUAAUAUAUUUUUUCAACCGGCCCACGACCCUUCUGGUGCGGCAAAAGCCCAAAAGUACAUCGACAUAAUUAGAAACGGGACGUCCAUCGCUGAUACCAUCACUGCCAUGAUCCGUGACCGUCAUAUGGCUAAAGGCGACCAAGACCAGAAACAGGCACUUCAUAAACAACUCGAGGAGCUGAAGAGGGCUAAAGCGGCCCACGAACUAGGCAAGGCGAAACAUGAUAAGGCUCAGCAGGAUAGAACCAGAGAAAUGGCGCUUUCUGAUGACCAACAGGACUUGCCGCCAUGUUCGGCAUGCUCGAGACCCCUGGAUGCGCAGGAUUUCAUCAUGUGUCCCUUAUGCCAGAUUCUGGGCGAUUAUUACAGACUUCAUGUCCAGCCUACACUAUUCUGUUCUCAGAAGUGCGAAAACGAACGCUACGAAGCGCAUGUCGAAGCGGCACACGAGUGCGCAUCAGGUCAGAGAUGUGUUCUGCUUCAUGAUGAAGACGUCGAGAUGGACGACGGCAGAACCGUCUUGGUCUUCUGUCGGGAGUGUGUAGGAACACUCGGCAUCCCGUCCGUAUUUUGCUCGGCUCGCUGUUUUAAUGAGAACUUUCAGCAUCAUCGCGACGGAAUUCAUGUUCCUGAGCGGAAGAGUACCCAGAAUGAAGUCAGGGAUGAUAAUCAGCUUGAAUUCGACCCUGACGGUAAGACGAAAUAUAAGGCUAGAAAAAUCGAGGAGCACCUAGUUACGUUUGACAAUGCUAUAAAGGAAUGGCAGCAGAAAACCGGCAUCACGGUGAAAUAA